CAACUGGAUUUUAAUGGUGUUCAAUAGAAGGCGAGGAUUUACCAGGUUACGAUAAAUGUAGGACUUGGGCUACAUCAAAAAUAACCAGCAGCGUCCAAAAUAAAGUGAAGUAUCAAUUGUACGUGUCGCACCGGCUAUGCUGUAACUUACAAAAUCGAUUAAGACUCGAUUUUCAACUAAUACGGCUGAAUCGAAUCUGUCAUGAGACUAAAGCUUAUGUAACAUUUUUUUCACUGAAAUUAUUAAAACUCUCACAUAUCAGCUGUUUACCACAUCUGUAAGGGUAAAAUAAACUUGAAUAAAAAUGUUGCGACGCUGCUCGAAACAUUUACAAACGUUAUAUCGGAGACAGGGGCAAAGCCUCCGGUAUCGCACCACCGAUGUGCCCAAAGCCCUAGGCGCUCUGGGUCAGGCGCGACCGGUACCAGCAAGGAUCCUCGCCGCACACCAACAGGUCGCUUCCAUACAUUUCACCAGACCACUCUACGAAGAACAAGAUGUCUCGACCCCAGGUUUCCCGGACUCAGUAUCUGAAGGUGACGUCAAGCUAGACAAGAAAGUUGGAGACGCUGUGGCCGCUGAUGAAGUUGUCCUUGAAAUUGAAACCGAUAAAACCGCGAUCCCCGUGAUGGCACCAACUCAUGGCGUUAUCAAGGAAUUAUACGUAAAAGAUGGGGAUACGGUUAAAGCUGGACAAAAGUUGUUUAGGUUAGAAGUGACUGGGGAGGCACCGAAGAAGGCUGCGGCUGCACCAGCUCCCGAACCACCCAAAGCGGAAGCACCUCCCCCGCCUCCUGCCGCGGCUACUCCACCUCCACCUCCCCCACCAUCUACCCCCACACCACCACCAACUCCUCCACCAAGGGCGACACCCCCACCUGCCGCACCUAUCUCCUCAAUCCCGGUAGCAGCUAUAAGACACGCACAGGCGAUAGAAACUGCCACAGUUAAAGUCCCACCAGCUGAUUACAGCAAAGAAAUCUCCGGAACACGAACUGAACAGCGUGUUAAAAUGAACAGGAUGCGUCAACGCAUCGCACAACGUUUGAAGGACGCGCAGAAUACCAACGCCAUGCUGACUACGUUCAAUGAAAUAGAUAUGUCUCAUAUUAUGGCGUUCCGUAAAAAGUAUUUGGAUGCUUUCACCAAGAAACAUGGAGUUAAACUCGGUCUUAUGUCACCUUUCGUUAAGGCCGCAGCAAAUGCUUUGACAGACCAACCAGUAGUCAACGCAGUUAUUGAAGGGAAUGAGAUUAUUUAUCGUGAUUAUGUCGAUAUCUCAGUCGCGGUGGCAACGCCUAAAGGCUUAGUCGUGCCCGUCAUUCGCAAUGUACAAACGAUGACGUAUUCCGACAUCGAACUGACAGUUGCAGGUCUUGCUGAAAAAGCAAGAACGGGCAAAUUGACCAUCGAAGAAAUGGAUGGCGGUACUUUUACAAUCAGUAAUGGCGGUGUAUUCGGAUCUCUUAUGGGUACACCUAUAAUAAAUCCACCGCAGUCCGCCAUUUUGGGUAUGCAUGGCAUUUUUGAACGGCCUAUUGCGUUGAAUGGUCAAGUAGUUAUACGACCAAUGAUGUAUAUCGCGUUGACGUAUGAUCAUAGAUUAAUUGAUGGCCGCGAAGCUGUCAUGUUCCUGAGGAAGAUUAAGGAAGGCGUCGAGGAUCCGGCCACGAUUAUUGCUGGAUUGUAAUUUAAAAAAAAAUCGAGCUGUCAAAACGUGUAGAUAGAGUAGGCGGGUUAUAUUUAUUAUUAUUUUAUUAAUAUAUUUUUUGCAGCGCAAAAAUCUUUUUGCUAAAUAUUUAAUUAUGUAAUUUUUAAUAUUACAUUUUUUUCGAAACUCCCCUGCUCUAUAAAUUAUCUUUAGACUCAAUGUUACCAAUUACUUUUGCCAGAUCUGUGAAAUAAAAACCGAAUUUGACAGCGGCUUGUACAGCUUUUUUGUCUUCUGAGUGUUGGCAGAAUCGUGUAAUUUUUUUUACAUUAUCUGUGUUGCGUCAUGUUUGGCAAGAUGGCUGCCGUGCGUUGUGCAGUUAAUUUUGUAUUUAUUGAAUACGUCCGUUUACGUAUUAUUUAUCGAGAAUUAAGUAAUUUUAAUAAACGAAAGUACAUUUCCUCAAUAUGACUAAAA